GCCUGUGGAACUGUGAACUCAAAUAGAAAGUUCUUACCAACGCUCAAAGAAGAAAAGCAUUUGCAAAGAGGAGAACAUGAUUACCGGAUGAGUGACACAAAAAUAUCUUUUUUGAAAUGGAAAGAUAAGAGAUCAGUUUUCAUGUUAUCAAAUUAUCAUGACCCUACGGAUGUCGGAAAAGUUACCCGCCGAAAGCGUGAUGGUACCAGUAUUGAAGUAUCAUGUCGGAAUCAGUGAAAGAUUACAAUGCGAAUAUGAACUUCGUUGAUAAAUUCGAUCAACUGAAAGGAAGUUAUGCUGUUGAUAGAAAAUCCCACAAGUGGUGGCACAGGAUUCUCUUUCAUUUUCUUGAUUGUAGUAUUGUCAAUGCUUUUUUAAUUUAUAAAGAACUACAGUCCUCUUCACGCAGGGAUAUAUGCCCUUUGACUUUGAAAGCAUUCAGACGAAGCGUAUACCAGGGUCUACUGGCCCCAGCAUUUGUCAGAGAUAAACGAAGGCCCGAAUCAGUGAACAGCAACCACAACUCUACAGCUUCUUCUACAGGCCCUGCAUUUAUAAAACGUCACAAGCCAACAGUCCCUUCAGAAAUUCGUCUUGAAUCCAGUCGCCAUCAACCUGAAAGAAGCACAUCAAGAAGAUGCUGUCUAUGCAGCAAUAAAAUAUUUCCGGUCCGUACUGUAUGGCAGUGUAGUACAUGUAAAGUGCCUCUUUGUCUACGCAAGGGAAAAGCUUGUUUUUCAGAUUUUCAUGAAAAAAAAUUUACCUUAGUUUCGUUCCGGAGAAUUACAUUAUAGCAUAUAAUAUUAAUAAAAAAUAAAAGUAACUCAUAAUUGUUUUGUUUCUAUCGAUAUUCAAUAUAUUCAUUCAAUAUAUUCUUAAUCUAAAAGCGUGACUGAAAGAGUUAAAAAAAUUUAGUAUUUUAAGAAAUAGUCAAUUACGUAAAAUAAAAAAGUAAUUCAAAUUAUAACUAAAAAACUAAAAUAACAAAAAAAAGAAACGUGGUGGUCAGAUAAGUAUUAAGAAAAUUUAGUAUUUUAAGAAAUACUCGUAAUGAAUUACGUAAAAUAAAAAAAAAUUGUAAUUCAAAUUAAUAACUAAAAUAACAAAAUAAUAGUCAAGUUUGGUAAAACCAAAUGUGCACGCCUAUAACUUGCCGAAGUGAAUAAAAGAAUUUCACAUUUCCGAGUUCUCUACAAUCGACUUGGAAGUUUUGGGUAUAGGUGGUGUUUAUACGCAUUUCUUUGAUUUAGGCGAGGCUUACUUUCGCUGCAGUUUCUUGCCCCAUUGAUGGGUUUCUUUUUGCAAAGGUGUGUGUUAUUAAACAUAUAAUGUCUCCGUAUAGUCUAGGUCUUCGAAACUUCUACUUUGACCCCAACUUAUUUCUUCCGUUCCGUCCGAUACGAUGUUAAGGGAAUAUUUAAGUCUAGAUUCAGAAAUUUCAAGUAAAAAAUGUAAAUUAAUAUUUUUAAUAUAUUUUUUUAUUAUUUUAACAUUACAAGAAUACAUAACAAAAUCUGAAAAUAGGUAUCGGGGUCUAAGUACACGGUUCCCUGGGGGCUUGAACAGUUUUGAUUGGAUUUAAACAAUUCUUUGUCAUAAGGUGGCAUACACUAAAGAUAUUAAUUGUGCACAGUUGUAUCCAGUUCUAUUCAUAGGUACUUGAUUUGUGUACUGGAAACUGAACGAAUCAAGUGGAAUUUAAAAUUGUGCUAUAUGGGAAGUAGGCAUGGUUGUUGUUCGAUUUCGUACAUUUUCACAAUGUUACAUAGGAAUAUAAGAAGAAUGCCACGUACUAAAUUUUGUCGAAAUCGGUCAGUCGGGUCCCGAGAUAUGAGAUUAUAACAAAAAGUUGGCGGUACCACACUCAUCGUCUAAUUUUCAAACCGGCUCCCAUAAAGCUUUCUCAUACCAUACUGGUGGUCUUUGUUAAGUUAUUAAUUUAAGUUAUUAAUUUAUCGUGCUUUUAGUAGAAAUGAGCGGGAUUAUCCGCCGAUUUCAUUCACUUUUGGUCGGUAGAAGUUCUUAUAAGAUUUAUGCUCAGCAAAUUUGGUUGUUGUAGCUUAAGUGGUUUAAGAGCUAUGUAUGUACAUUAUUAGACGGCGGGGCCACGCCCACUUUUUCAAAAGGUUGUGCCCACAGGUGCCCUUAGCUACUGCCAUUCCUUGUGCUUACAGCUUCAUAUCUUAAUUGAGCGCUGUUAUGGAACUUUAUAUAUUUUCGGUUAGUGGCGAUUUGUGUUCGGACAGACAGACAGUCAACCGAAAUUCAACUUUCCUCUUCGUCCAGAUCGUUUAUAUACAUAUAUAUAUCCCUAUAUCUAUCUCGCUUAGUUUUAGGUGAUACGUACAACCGUUGGGUGAACAAAACUAUAAUACUCGUACUCUGUAGUAACUGGUUGCAAGAGUAUAAAGAGUAUAACCAUUGCAUUUUCUUAUAUUUUUUUUUAAGUGACAGGACGACUGAUGCUCACCUCAAAGCAACGCUUUGAUUGUCAGCGAAGGCUCACCUAUAUGUCUCACUUGCAUGUCUCUUGCUACAACACAAACCUGGUGCCUCUUUCACACACUUUUUAGCCUUACAAAAAUUGCAAAUGCCAUUCAUUCGACCAAUGAAUAAAAGGGAAUGGUCCAAAUAAUUACAAUCCUGUCUAUAGUUAAACGCUGAUUUGAAAGCAAUCGCCCCUUGUCUAUUCUGCAUCAUUUGCAACCUUACAUUCUCUACGCGAUUUGCACUCUCGUCGACCGUCUCAUUUCAUUUUAGCUGAAUUUGCCGUCUAUUUGAUGAGGAUCUAAAUAAUUGAGAUUUUGCUUUUGGCAUCUCUGAAAGCUUUUAUUGUAAAAACCGUAUAUUUAUUAUUAACCAAAUUAGUUUCGCUUAAAUCUAAUCUUUACCUUUUGAUUUAAAGACAAUGAAUUUCCAAUUUUACUCUACCAUUUGCAGAAUACGAUCAUAAAUACAAUAAAGUUAGAAGAAACCAGCAAGUAUUUCGCAGACACACAUGAAAACCACAUUACAUCUUAAUAUUUGAUUUUAUUGGUUUUUGGAUGUUCCUUACGGAGAGCGUUCUGUUUUUAUUUUCAAUGUGCUUUGUUACAAAAAAGUACAAAGACAAUAAGAAAAGUAAUUCAAGCAACGGUGCGUUGCUGCAAAAUAAGUAGCUGUAAAACAGAAUAAAUAUAGUUGACACUGUAUUUACAUAACUACAUACAUGCAUACAUACGGCAAUUUAUGCGAGCAUUUGAUUGUGCUGUUUAGCGUUAUUUCACUUGUUCUGCGAUCAUUUAUAUAUGCAAACUUUUUUGCUUUGUACUUUACUUCAAUAAGUUAUGUAGAAAAGAUGUGAGAGAUGGAAGAGAGAGUGCAUACAUAUGUAUGUACUUUACUUCAUUACGUUAUGCUGGAAAAGAUGUGCAGAGAUGGAAGAGAGAGAGAGUGCGUGCCGCAAACGAUCAAGGGCACACGCACACACACAAAGCGCGCUUCGCUGUAGACUGCGUUUGGUGAACGAAAAACCUUAUGCUUGCAAUAUUUUUGGUUUUUCAAAAACUUCACCCGAAAGAAAAAGGAUUUGAUUUCGGAAAAUUAAAAAAAAGUAUACCACUCGCGAGCCUAGAGCAAAUGCUUUAUUUAAAAAAAAAAAUUAUAAAAAUCGCUUCAGAACUUUAGGAGAUUAGCCGUUACAAACAUUUUUCAUAUAAGCGAUUUUAUAUAAUUAGUAUAGAUAUUUAACCCUAUAUCUAUCUCGCUUAGUUUUAGGUGAUACGAACAACCGUUAAGUGAACAAAACUAUAAUACUCGUACUCUGUAGUAACUGGUUGCAAAAGUGUAAAGAGUACUAGCUGAUACGAGUAAUGUGUGCUGAUAACCCACAUCAGAGGAGACCGUCUUAUUAAAUCAAUUAAUUUUAAGGGGACCACUCUAUUAUCGAAUGCAUUCCAGAUUAUGAAGUGUAUUGAACGCCUUUUGGAAGUCGAUAAAGAUGAGAUAAAGAGGGAAGCGUCAACAUUUCAUUAAUUUUUUCUAUACCGGAAACAAAACGCUUUCUGGGGUCUUUGUGACAGGGGCCUAAGAUCCUGGGUCUUAAACAAAGAUACUUAUAAAUAGCUUUUUGAGCUCGAAAAGCUUACGGUCUUUUUCUUACGGUUUUACUAUCACUUUUUUCAGUUAGGUCCCGCAGCAAAAUCCCUAUCUCCUCCAAGUCUGCCGUAAGGAACGGCCAAUAAUUCUUCGCUAAAAUAAAAGUUAAAUACUACAUUUUGAGCAUUAUAACAAAAACUCAAACCAUUAACCAACCUGCGCCAAAAAAUAUGCAACAAUUCAACUCCCCAAAAACGUACUUGCAUACACAAUAAUGUUACAGAUUUUCAUGCCUAAUUAUUUUGCAAAACCUAAAGGUACGCUAUAACUAGCGAUCUUACAUUCUUCUUCUUACGGGUUAUUUCCUCAAACCAUUAACCAACCUGCUCCAAAAAAUAUGCAAGAAUUCAACUCCCCAUAAACGUACUUAGUGCAAGCACAAUUCUCACCCAAAACUAAUUUGCAUAAAUGAAAUAACGCGUGCUAUUCGCUCAGUGGUCCAUUUUAUUCUGGCCCCUAUUAUGAGUUGCAUUCGAUCUUCGACAACGAUCGAAAAUGCUGGUCGAACGAAUUUGCAUUUGGUAUUACGACGCUCAUUCGAUGAAGAUUGGCGUUAUUGUGAAUUGCAAUCAUUUUGAAUGUUCACGAUAGUAUACAUCUGUCAGAUGGUGUAAAAACUAAAAGCGUUUUGUGUACGAAGUGUGAAGGUAAAGCUAAAAAAUAUUUUAUAAAUAAAGUAAAUAUAAAUAAAAGUUAAAAUAAAAUAUGACUACGACUGAAUUGUGGUUUGACGAUUCUUCAGAGGAGGAUGAAAGCUUAGUGGAAUUGGCCAGAAAUAGAAAGAAGUUAAGGGACGCUUCCAACCCUUUGGAAUUGGAUUCCGCUACAUUUAUAAAAAACUUUCGUUUGUCGAAAGAGGCGUUCGUUGAUUUGCUGUCCGCUACAGAGGAAAUGCUGCAGCGAUGCACACGAGCGAAAUCUAUUCCCAAUAUAUUAAAAUUGGCAACAGCUUUACGAUUUUGUGCUCAGGGAUCGUAUCAACUUAGUAUAGGGAAUGAAAAUAUGCUUGGACUAGCACAGCCCACGGUGUCUGUGGUACUAUCUGAGGUACUCGAUGCCCUGGAGAAUUUCAUUUGCCAAAGAUGGAUAAAAUUCAAUUAUACCGAGGCUGAAAUGCAACAAGCAAAAUCCCAUUUUUAUAAUAAUACCAGAUUUCCUGGGGUAAUCGGUUGUGUUGAUGGUACACACAUCAAAAUUGUGGCUCCCAAAAAGGAGUUGCAGCAUUUAUAUUACAACAGAAAAGGAUUCUUUAGCAUUAAUGCUAUGAUUGUUUGUGAUCAUACAAUGAACAUACGGUAUAUAAAUGCAAAGAAUCCCGGGGCAACGCAUGAUUCAAUGAUUUUCAACAUGUCAGCAUUGAAAGCAUAUUUAGAACAGCAAGUCGAAAAUGGUCUUCGCAAUACUUGGCUACUUGGAGACGCUGGAUACGCUCUAAAAACUUAUUUGAUGACACCUUUUAGAAAUUCUGAAGAAGGAUCUCCAGAAAGCAGAUGCAAUACACAACAUUCGAGAGCAAGAAAUAUAGUAGAGCGCAAUAUUGGAGUGUUGAAAAAUAGAUUCAGAUGUUUGUUACAAGCAAGAGCUCUCCACUAUUCUCCAAAAAAGGCGACACAAAUUAUUAAUGUUUGUGCAGCUUUACACAACAUUUGCAUAUUUUAUAAAGUUGAAAUUUCUCCUGAAGAAUUUCCUAAUGAGGCAAACGAUAGUCAUGGUGGAGUCAUUGAAGUUGAAUCUGAUAACGACUCGGAAGCAGCAGCAAUUAGAAAUCGUAUAUUAAGAACGUUUUAGAUAUAAUUAAAAAAAAUAAAUUAGAAAUUUAUUUAUUCAAAAUAUUUAUUAUGGAAUUCAUUGUUCAUGUUUAUCUACGUAAUAAAAAUUACUCUUUGACAAAAAAUAUCACAUAAUUCAUUUACCUUUUGUACUUAGAAAUAUAUACAGUCUUAAAAUACUAAUA